UUGAUCCUUUCUCUUAUACUGAAACUUGUGAGUUGUGUGAAUCAGCUGUUACACCUAAUGACAAGUGGUUACUCACUCGUUACUUGAGAAGACUGAUAUUUAAGCUCUGAACUGUAGAGACAUUUUCAGCAUUACUUAGCAGAUAUACAAAUAAGAUAAAGACAGCCAGGAUGGUCAAGUUAUUUGCAGUGUGUGUGCUGUACAAGGGUACAGAGAGAGCACAUUUACUGAAGACUGCUUAUGAUCUGUCGCAGUUCAGUUUUUUUCAACGUGGGUCAGUUCAAGAAUUUAUGGCCUUCACAAGCAAGAUUAUUACAGAGCGCAGUAACCCCUGUUCAAGACAAUCUGUAAAAGAACAGGAAUACAUGUGUCAUGUGUAUGUGCGGGCUGACAACUUAGCUGGUGUAGUUAUCUCAGACCACGAGUACCAGUACCGAGUUGCUCACAACAUGCUUAAUAGGAUUAUAGAUGAUUUUGCAGCCAAAGUUCCUUCACAUUUAUGGCCAGACACUGAGGAAAGUGCUAUCCCAUAUACUGAAUUACCGGCAACCCUGGCUAGGUGGCAGAAUCCCCGUGAGGCGGACUCCCUCACAAAGGUUCAAGAGGAAGUUGAAGAAACCAAGAUCAUAUUGCACAAGACCAUUAACGCAGUAUUAGAACGAGGAGAAAAACUGGAUGAUUUAGUCAGCAAAUCAGAAAAUUUGAGCAUGCAAUCUAAAACCUUUUACAAGACUGCCCGCAAAACCAACUCCUGUUGCACCUUUGGAUAACAUGCUGCUCUAAGCACACUGUGGAGUGGACCUGUUGUGGCAGUCACUGUGGAAGAGAUUGAGAUUGAUUCAUCAUGCAUUUGUCUCUGGUACAGUAUGUGAAGUAAGAAUAUGAUGCAAGAGUUUUGAGUAUUGUAGAGAAGGAAGAAAAUUUUAUGGAUAUUGAGGGAAUUGAUAGUGUCUAAAUAUUUAAUAUUAAUUAAAUUUGUGUUUACGGUGAAUAUGGAUUACGAUGUGGUGUUGUCAAUACAUGAAAUUACUUUUAUUUAAUUUUUUUAAAGGUUUUACAAAUCUUUAGAAUUUACAGUCUUCUGGCAUAAGAAUUAUGUUAAUAAAGAAAAACUACAUAAUUCCUUGAAAAUGAAACCUCGUGAUUGAGUUGCAACAAUACACAAGAAUAUAUUGGACUGGUAUCACGUUCAGUUACACAGUUGUUGAAGGCGGUAUCAGAGAAUGGUAAUGAUAGUAUGUCAAAAAAAUUCAUUCCAGUUUGUUAAUUAUACAGUUUGUUAGUACAGUACAGAUAUUCACUAUAAAUAAAAGUAGAGGUUAAAAGAAAAAAUACUUACAUUUUUUUUAUUGUAAAUGCCAAUUCAUAAUGUAACGUUAUUAAGUACAGUAAUAUUGACAAAUAUAGCCAUUGAUAUAAAAUUCUUCUUUAUUUAUGAAGACUGACUAGCUGGAGUAGUUCGUAGUUCCAGAUGCUUUUUGGUACACCAAAGAAAUACUGUGGAAUUUGGCUUAUUCUCAUGCUGCUGGCUUAUAGUCUGCUUACAUUUCUAAAUAUAAAUCUUAUGCCAUAAGUAAAAUGUAAAUAAGUUGAAGUUUUUAUUUGCUUUUUACAACUAAAACUAGCUAUCCAGUCCCACUGGUGUUGGUAAGGAAAAGAUCUCACCCCUACUAUGUAGGUUGGUGGACACAUGUAAUGCACAUAUGUGACUUCAUUUAUACAGGUAUAUAUGAAGCAAAGAUCAUACUACUGUACAUAGACUGUAUAAAGAUGUUCAACUCGGGCAAAAUGUUAUUCAGCUUUUGCCCUCAAGUGGCUGUUGAAAAACUCUGAUGUCAUCAUAUGGCAUGACCUACAAGUGUGUCUGUAAGGUUUUUACUUUUAUCUAAUCAAGUUCAAGUUACAAAAAAGAAAAUGUAAUUGAAACAAAGUCAUAGUUGAUGGAAAAGGUGUGAGAAGGCAAAAUUUAGCUGUGGAGGAAACAAUCAAGUUUUAUGACCACACCAUAGCUGUAUGACACCAUAACUUGUAGUGGGCUGCAUAGGCUGGCCUAUGUAGUGAUUGAUGGAAACAGCCAGCUCUUGGGAGCAGAAUGACAUCUACUGUGACAUCUACAUGAUAACUAGAUAUUAAUAUAUAAAUUCUUCAUACUGUAUUAAUUGGUAUAGUAUAUUGCAAAUAACUCGCAAGGGUUAUAGAAAUCUUUGACACCUGAUGUUCUUAUAAAUCAUUUUUAAAUUCAUUAUAAUUGUAUUGUAUCUGGAAUCUAUAUUUUUUAUAGAAAACACCGUAGUAUUGUUACAGUACAGCAUUCAGACAGCUAACAACAUUGUUUGCAACUGAGCUGAUUAGUCUGCAACAAACCAUUUGACAAUUUUUUUGACUGUGAUAAUGUCACGACUGUUAUUAUGAUGUUCAUGUCUACUCAUAGGUAGCUCCAUCAUCAAGCACAAAUACCCAAAAGUAUUUGCUUGAACAUCUUUAUAUAUACUGUAUACAGUAUAUUUUUGACCUUUGGCAUGAAAGCAAUGUGUCCUGUAGUCACUCAGCGUGAGCAUGCUUGAUAAAAGUAUUUGAUGUGUAAUGUAAUUGUUCAUUUUGUGUGCCUGGAAGACUGGGUGAUGGUGGUGUAAUUUAUAUCACUCAGGUUGGUCGCCGUAUGUAGUGGAAACAGGAGUACAUUAAUGUAACUACUGUACACAUCAUUAUCAUUAUUGAUAUUUGAUAUAUCUGUAGUUGCUUCUGUCCUAGUAAGUGCUUUUAAAUGUUUGAUGAAUUCGGUGAGGCCAUUGACUUAACAUGUUGCAAAUUAGAUACGUAUAUUUUUUUUUCGGUGUGUUUGAGUAAUAGUUAUUGUUUAAGACUGUUGAGAGACUUGCUGUACAUAGCGAUUCAGUGAAUAUGUCCAUAUGUGUCUGCUUCACGGAGAGUAUAUCUAAAGUCGAGGUGAUAUAUCAGAAUAAGUGUUUGAUGUGUUUUGAAGUGUUUUUCGUACGUAUACCUUGUGAAUAUUUGUAAUAUAUAUAUACAUAUAUGGUAGCCUUAGAAAGUGAGGUUAUUUUUGUCAGUAAUUAGAAAUGCAGAGAUAGCUAUUUCCCAAAAAUCAUUUCAGUAUACUCAACAAAAGAAUGAAUAUUCUGUUCUUUAAUAAAAAGAGUGAUAUCUAUGAUAUUGCUGAUCAUAUGAAAAAGA